AACACAGUUUUGUCAACAAGAAGACAUGUUUAGUUGCGUGUGGGAGAGAAAGGCCGAUAACUUCUUUAGUUAAAACCAGUUCCUGAACGAAGACCGCGAAGUUGAGAAAAUGCAACAUCCUGUUGCUGCAGACUCUCUGCAGCGAGGAAAAGUCAGUAAAACCAUCUUUGUAUAUGAUCGUCGCUUCGAAGACAGGACCUCUUUGAAGAAAUUGCUGGAAAUAGGGGGCUUGGACUUCAAUGGCUUUCUUCACGCUCUCAACGAGAUAUUUUCUAUCCGUUCACAUGAGAGUUUUGUGUUGGUGACUACUGACAGAACAGUUGUGGAUUAUGACGAGUUUGAGAAGCUCCAGGAUGGUAUCACCCUCUACUUGUUGCAGCACGAGAACCAGAGUCUAUCAGGUGCAACCGAGGAGAACAUCCUGUUUGAGCCUCAUUAUGAUACGCUGAUCCAGAGUGGGACAUUCGAGUACUACGCUGAUGGCCAGAAAUCAUUGCCCUAUGCUCUAGCUGAGCUGGUGGACAACUCUAUUUCGGCCACAGCAAAGAACACAGGAGAGAGGAAGAUAGAGAUUAGGAUGCUGUUUGAGAAAACAGGGAAACCUGCCAUCGUCGUUCUAGAUAAUGGUUGCGGGAUGACCUCAAAGCAGCUCAAUGAUUGGGCCGUGUACAGACUCUCUAAAUUCCAAAGAAAGGAUUGCAUAUAUGCAAGUGAGACAAAAGGCUACGUUCCCCCUGAUCCUGUCCCUCGCAGUCUCAACAGUGACAUAUCCUACUUUGGAGUUGGAGGAAAACAUGCUGCUUUCUUCAUUGGGGAGUCGGUCAAGAUGAUAACGAAAACAGCGAGCUCUCCAGAUGUUCAUGAGUUUAGCCUGUCGAAACAGGAAUUUGAGAGAAAACAGGAGAAUAAAGAGGCCAUUUUCAGUGGGGUCAUUUUAAAUAGGAAGCCCUGCGAUUCUUCACAUGUUAAAGAUAAAGAGCACUUCCUCCACGCCCUCAUUGAUGAGGAAGCUGGGAAGAAAAGCUUCACUGCAGUUGUGAUUACAGGAAUCAAGCCAGAACACAUCACUUACCUUAAACAAGAUUUUGAUAAGUGGACCGUAGAACUUUCACAUGUCUAUCAUUAUUACAUACAUGGACGUCAUGGAAAUGACUUGAGAAGCACGUCUACAAGUUCAGAAAAUCUCCAGAAACUUGACAUUCAGAUCACUUUACGGGACAAGCCUUCAAAAUGCCCCUGUGUGAUUAACCUAAGAGAAGUGGAAAACGACAUGCAGACUCUUUACAUUAAAGCUGCUGCAGACGUGUUUGAGUUCAGCGCCUCCAUUCCCCCCGACCAAGGCACAGUAGAGGGGAUCAUUCGAUAUCAUCCCUUCCUCUACGACAGGGAGACCUACCCCGUAGAUCCAUAUUCUGAUAAAGCACUUGAUGAGGAUGAUGAUUGUGAACUUCAGAAUGCAGCUCAGAAUCAGGCAAGAAGGAACAUCUUUGAAUGUUACUGGAAUGGGCGGCUCAUCCCCUACACCACAGUGUCAGAGUUCGACUGGUGCUCUCAACGCGUUAAAAGUGAAGCACCGCCUGCAGAGUGCUACAAUCGUUUGUCAGGGGUGCUUUUUACUGAUGGCAGAUUCCAGGUCAGCACAAACAAGCUGCAUUUCAUGGAACUGGAGCUGAAACUGAAAAGCAAGGACACCAUUUUUACUCCUAUUGUUAAUGCACAGAAAAUUUCUAAAAGAGGAAACAUUCAGAAGGAGUUCCAGCAAUGGCUUCAAAACUGUCAUCAGAAGUACGACAAGCAAGUGAAGUUUGUUGGCUACAGAGAGACCAUAACACGAACAGAUCAACCCAAGAGAAUGCAGCAUCCCUGGGCAACGUUUUCCUCCAUCCAGUGGGGCAACAAAACAUACAAAGAAGGCCAGCGUAUAAAGUCACAGAGAACAGGGUCCACGUAUUACUGUACCAUAAUUCGGUUUUUGCUUUAUGGAAGUUAUGAUGGAGACGUCUUUGCCACUGGAGGUCAAGUGGAAAUAUGCAGAGAGCCUAAAGCACUUUAUGACACAACCAAGAUCAUACCCAUUUCCAAGAUUGAUCAAACUGCCACCAUUGAAACCAUCAAUAAGGCCAUUGACAUUGACACUGACAAGCUCCCAGAGAAGCUAAGUGUGUACUGGCCAGAGGGUAACGUUUGGUCACAGGACUCUGUUUGGCCAGCUGGGACCCCUUUAGGACCUCUCAGAGUUGAAGUCCAAAACAGGAAGGGAGAGUCAUUGUCCGGGAUACAAACGGGGCGUGGGCAAGGAAUAAGAAUGAGUAUUCAACUUAUAGUAGUUUACCAUGGUUCUACAGGAGAUGAAGAGAUUGUCUCUCUUUCUGCCCGUUUUCUACAAAAUCACGGGCACUGGUUCAAAAAAAUCGAAGAUCUGACCAAGUUGGGGAAUUACACGGUGACUUUAAACACCAUGUUAAGCGACAGCCCCACCACUGUCUACGGGGGCCGGCAGCUUCCAAGCUACGCGCUCAAGUUCACCCUCAAAGAGGGUAAUGCAGAGAGCUUCACAGUGACUACAGCGAGCCCCACAGUUCAUGUGGGAGUGCCCUUCAACAUCCUUCUGCAGAUAAAUGAUUGUUACGGCCAUCCAACAGCACCUCCUCCCAAAAUCCAACCCAUCCUCAAAUGCAGUGACCUUGUUUUGAGUCAAGGAACGAUGUGCUGCGCCAAGACCACAAUCAGCAUUAAAGGUGUCAAAGCACACGGAAAAGUACUAAAUAGCCUGCAGUUCAAGAGUUACGAGCUGAAAGUGACGCUGCCUGGACUGAAAAAAGACACGAGUGCUGUCACAAUCAACCUUCUUCCGGGUAAAUCACAUUCCCUUCAUGUGAAACCAGAAGCCAACCAGUUCCAAGUAGAGAAUGGAAACCCGGCCACUUUUAAUGUUGAAGUUCAUGAUGAGGCUGGAAACAUCACUGCCAACCCCAAACAGACAGUCCGCUGCCAGGUUUCGGGGCUUCCGCUUGUUUCGACAGACUGCAGUCGCACAGGAGCUGGCCAGCUUGUGACAAAACCCAUAAACGUGAAGAUAAUCAGUGGAAAGCCACAAAGGCUCAACGUUCAGUUCGACAUGCCUAGUCACAAGCAUGUGGAUCCAGUCACAGUGGAGCUGGAAGUCUUGCCCAGCAGCCAAGUGUCAGUAAUGAAGCUCUACUGUCAGAGUGAUGGUCAUUUGGUGCUGAGGAACAAUGAAAAGAUUGAGUGGCAGGCAGGAGGACAGCUGGGGAACCUUUUCUACAAGCUGUAUGAUGAAGUCGGCAAAGAGGUGCCACUCACUGCUGCAAUAGCCUCCAUGAUAAAGGUUAACUGGACAGGAGACAUAGAUCAGGGAGAUUUAAUCAUGGGGAGGCUUCCUGAUGUCCAGGUUCCCACGCAGGUGCAGGAAGAGCGCUUCUACCAGGUGUCCUAUCGCAACCAGAGCGUGUCCUUCUCCUUCACUGUCGUACCAUGUCCAGACGAGCCAACACGGCUAAAAGUAACUCUUCCCCAAAGCACAGUGAAGCUUGGUGAAACUCUGUCAGGACAAAUCAGCUUGGAGCUUGUGGAUCAGUUUGACAAUGUAAGCCACAGGCUCACUGUCUCCUCGGUGGAGGCCAUGACUGUGGAAGCUGAGGGUCUCGACAAAUCAAGCAUCAAAUUUAAAUGGCAGGAGAGCAGCAGUUCUGUUUUGGUGACGGGAGUGCGUUUCAGCUCGGGGUCUCCUGGGCCCAGAGAGUUGUGCUUCAGCUACAAAAGCUUCGAGGGUCGUGUUAUGGUUACAGUGACCCCAGGAGUGCCUUCACAACUAAAACUGCUCAGUGGACCUGAGCAGCCUUUGCAGGUGUUGAAUGGUCACGGCAUUACCACACCAUUCCUCGUCCAGCUGUGUGAUGAGUGGGGAAACCCUUCUCCAGACCAGAGGGUUGUUGUGGAAAUAAGGACUUCACCUGUUACAUUGAAGGUGACGACUUCUGUUAGUUCACAACCCGUGGAUCCAGAAGGGAAAGCCCGCUUUAAGGUUAAUGCUGUAAGCGGUUCAAAAGGGUACUAUCAGUUGGAGUUUAAGGGUUCCUUCAACAGGGAGCCCAUACCUGGUCCAGUAGUAAACCUCACUGUCAUCCCUGAUUCCAACAAGCCUGUCAGACUUGACGUAGAGUACAACACCGAGAUUGCUAGAUUUCUUGCUGGAGACAUCUUCCCAGUUUUCUCUGUGACAGUGGUGUCUGACGAAGGAUGCCCGAUUACAAAGUUUCCCCCAUCUGCUUUGUACAUGUCAGUGUGGAAAGGAGAAUCAAGUCCGAUUCCACCGGCAAACGCUAAGCUGCUGAGGUGCAGUAAACCUAUGGAACAUGACCGGAAAGACCGCUAUUACUUCAGAGACAAAGAAAUCCCCAGAGAAGUUGGAAAGCACACCAUACAGUUCUCGCUUCACAUUAACAAAGCAAAAGUCAUGUACAGUAACCAGAUCAGUAUAGAUGUUGUGGCCAAUAAGCCUGUAAAACUGGGUCCCGACUUUCAGCCUACAACCCCAGUUGUUUCCUACAGUAUGGACAUCGGCAAGAGAACCUUGAUUGAGAACAUGACUCUGAAGCUAAUGGAUGCGUUUGGAAAUCCAGCAGGACAAAACAUGAAUGGAAAAGUGGUUGUUUCUAUAAUAAACUCCAAUGGAGAAAUAAACAGUCUCCCUCUGUUUGAAAGAAACAGCGAGAGCAUUCAAGUUGAUUUAGAAGAAGGAAAAGCCGUCAUCACUAGACUGGCCAUCAUGGAGAAAAGCCCUGGUGAGGACGGCAGGACAUACAAACUCCUCUUCAAACCUGAAGUGCCAACAUUCCCCACAUCCCUGGAGUCUUUUGAGCUCCCCUUCUACUUUUACAAUGAUGGUGAGAACCAACAAAAAAUGGCUGAGCUGACCAAGAAAAAAGAUGAGAUUGAGAAAAAUAUUGAAAUACUCAAUGAGUAUCUUGGGCAUCAUUCAGAACUCAAGGAUAUGUACACGAAAAAAAUCCAGGAUGAAAAAAAGAAAGAGCUCGGGUACAGAAAUGAGCUGCAGAAAAGUAAUAUGACAAUCAUUCAACCUUUACCCAGCUCAGAUAUUGAUACAGUACUUAACCAAAAGAAGGCUGAAGCGAGCAUGUUGGAGAGAAAGCCCAGAAGAGUCUGCACCAUCCCUAACAACUUCACCCAUCCAGAUGUUUUGGGAAUGGUUGCCCACCUGGCUUUUAUUGAGGACGAUGAGGCUGCGAGGGUUAUCUCCUGGCACCUCAGGGGCGACUUGGACUGCAUCAUUACCAGGACGACAGCAGCAGCUCGGAGCAUCUACAACGACACGAACGGCCGUCAGCAGGUUAUGGCCCUCGACAGCAUUCAUGUUCAGCAAGGAGCCAGACCACUGCCACAUAUGAGAGGCCACUACAGGCUGUUUGACCCUCGUGGGAACCCAGUUUAUGCCAAAGACUUGCUUAUUCAUCCCCGUGAAAAGGAGAACUGUGAAAUUGUGUUUAAAAACCUCCUUGGUGACACUAUUGUGAUGGAUGACCUGGACUCUGCUACGGAGUACAGAAAAGCGGUGGUGGGGAACAGAAUGCCAUGUCCCACUAUACUGACCAGGCAGGGGGAAAGGGUUAGUUCCAAGGGCAAAUUUGGAGGUACACAAAACAAAGCCCCACCGAUUACUCAAUUACCAGUGUUUGGAGCCCCUCUCCCUCAGAUCUACUACAUUCUGACGGAGCAAAUAGAACUGCUCUCUCAGUACGGCUCAUUUAAAAAGAAGAUGGAGACAACAAUAGUGGAACGAGACAAGUUCUUAAGGGACAGUUCUGACAUGCUGAAAAAAAAGCAAAACUUGCAGCAGCAAAAAGAAGAGUUGGAGGGCAUCAAAAGACAGCUAGCAUUAGCCUCAGCAAGACCAGGGAAACGUGGUCCUGAAGGGUUGGGAGAGCCAUCUGGCAUCAUUACAAAAAAACCAAGAGGAGGAUCCACAUAAGAGAUGCCAGUGCAACCUGAGUUAUAAUGUCGUCCUUUAUCUUACUGUAAUUUUUUUUUUUUUUUUUAACGUCAUAUGAGAAUUUCUUUUGACAUAUUAUCUGCCAAUCUUAAGUUCUGACUUGUUUAAAAUUAAACAAAUGUCAAAUGAA